CGUCAUAUACAAAGGACCGAUAACAUGUCGUCUGGGUGAAGAAGGAGCGAGCAGCUAGCGAGGAGACAAACUGAGGCUUCCCACUCACGAAGUUAAAAAGGAAGACAUGUCGCCUCGGCUCCUCCGUCAGACCACACAGACCAUGAACUACUGUCUCCGUUAAAGUGGACAUUUAGCCGGAAUUACGCUUCUGACAAAGUAAUGACUGAUUCCCGUCACGGAAGUAGGACAACAAAAAGUAGCUAGCUCGGCUGCUAGCUGUCGUUAGCAAAGGAGUUCUUUGUUUUGUUUCCCCGUGUCAACAUGGAGAGGAACUAGUGCGGAUGUUGUGCUCUGUCGUUCAACGUUUACGCAGCGGGUUCACAGCCAUGUAUCUGGUGUCUUCUGAUAUUACAUUCAUGGUUUCUGGAGUAGUACGAGGACAAAUCUAACAUUAGCCAACGAGAGCAACUUUAGCAACAACAAGAUCAGGUUGCUUUAGUUUUUUGUUUUGUUGACGUCGGCCAGGAGCGGAGACACGAAGACAUGGGCAACUGUCUCAAGUCUCCCACAUCGGACGACAUCUCUCUGCUUCAUGAGUCCCAGUCGGACAGAGCGAGCUUCGGGGACGGGAUGGACCCGGACCUCGAACCACCUCCGCCGUACCAGGAGCAGGCUCACAUUCCCAUAUACCACCCCACACCCAGCCAGGCCCGUCUGGCCACACAGCUGACAGAGGAGGAGCAGAUUCGCAUAGCUCAGCGCAUUGGCCUCAUCCAGCACCUCCCGAAGGGCGUUUAUGACAAAGGAAAAGACGGCUCCGAGAAGAAGAUCAGAGAGUGUGUGAUCUGCAUGCUGGACUUUGUAUACGGCGACCCCAUCCGGUUCCUGCCCUGUAUGCACAUCUACCACACGGACUGUAUAGACGACUGGCUGAUGAGAUCCUUCACCUGCCCCUCCUGCAUGGAGCCUGUGGAUGCUGCCCUGCUCUCCACCUACGAGACCAACUGAUUCUUCACCCCCUCCUCCCCCACGCUUACAUCACACACGGCCCCUCCGACCCCGCACACAAACCCUACAACUGCCCUCUAAAUAGGUUGGCUGUUGUAUUGCACUUUGAAAAUUACCAAUUUUACUCACCCAACGUUGGCCUUCCAUGUCCCCCAAGUCAGAAUAAGCUGGUCUUAAAAACAUCAGUUACACAAGUCAGUGAGAGACUGUUUCAAGUCGACCCUGCAUGAUUGUGUGUUUGUGUGUGUUUAUUGUGUCGAAGUCGCAGCCUGCGUUGACGGUGGGCACAUGGGAUUUUCUUUUUGAUUGACCUGCGUGAUUGGGGAGGGGGUUUAUGACUUUGCAUUUCCACUUGAGCCGGCCUCAGUGGUGUUUCUCCUCAGCUGACACCAUUUCCCCGUCAUUCCCGAUUAAUCAUAGUGUAAAUGGACGAGUAGGUUAACUUAAUUAUUGACCAAAAUGUUAAAGGGUGUCGCUAGAAGUCUGUUAGAUUAAAGUCGAUGUUUCCGUGGCAACAGUAAGCAAAGACUUCCACAUAUUGAUCUCCUGCAGACCCACACUUUGGAAAUGUGUCAACACACAACAGACGAAAAAAGGAGGAUUACAAAAAAAAGGAAUGCACGCACUUUACAGAAAUCACCCAAAGUCUAUAAGUAUACAUUCAUUCAUAAUGGAGGUCAAGUCCACAUAUUUGUCUUUGGCUUCUUCAAAUAAUCAGACUUUAGAAAAAAGCUUAGAGCUGAAGGAAUGAGAUGAUGACGAUGUGUAAUGUGAAUGUGUCACCAGAGGGGGGUGUAACCUAAAUGGCAGCCAGUGUAAAGGGCUCAUUCGUGCAUGGGCAGGUUGGAUCGGUGAGUCCACAUUAGAAAAAUGCUUGCAUUCACACGUUUCAUCUGAUCCAGAGAUUUGCACUUUACGUAUAGGACAGUAUCUAAAACAAUAUAUUAAUAUAUGUACCUUACAACCUUGCACUAUCAAUACUUCAUUCCGCCGUUUCCUGAGAUGCAAAUGUUAUAUAGCUGAUAAAACAGGUUGUCGGAGCUGUCAGUAGUCACUCACCACGUUGAAGUUAGCCCGACGAUGUAUAUCAUGAAGUCUGUGAUUCAGUAGCGUGAGCCUCUGCUUAAGUCUGGAUUCUUGUGUGUUUUUGUGUGUUAGUAAAGGGACAGAGGUUUGCUCGAUGUUAAGGGAAAAGUUUGACAUUUCAUAAGAUCGGCUCCUUGAGUUUCUCACCAAGAGAUGGAUUAGAUGGACGCCGCUCUCAUGUCUGUGCGGCGACAGUUAGCUUAUUUUACUAUAAAGACCCGGAAGAGAAGCUAGUGUAAAAACUAGCGAGAGGUAAAUAUGAAAAUAUGCCAACCAUCGAUUUUUGGUUUUACAUGGAGUUGUGACGUUACACACAAACAAAACUUGUAAUAGGACAAAUUCAAAUUUUUACAUUUCAUUUACACAUUGAACAGAUGAUGUAUAGCAUAUUAAUUACUGAGUUGUUGUGGUGCUGUUAGGAUACUUCAUUUUUAUAUUGACUUUUGGACAAAAGGUUAAAGCUGCUUUCCCUCGGCUUCAAGAUUUUGAGCUAAACUGAGCUCACUUUCUUGUAGGUCCAUAUUUAUUGUUUGAAAGAAGAGCAAAUAAGUGUAUUUCCAAAAACUAUUUCUUUAAGAAAAACUUCACAAUUUUAGAGUUUGAAUCCACAUCCCGUUGUCACAUUUUUCUUGUUACUCUACAAUUAUGUUUGUGUUGCUUUGUUUCAAUUCACUGUAGCAGAAUAGUUACAAAAGUCAAACGGUUCUUUUGUGUAUGUGGUAGUGUGGCUUUUCUUUAUCUCUGUUACCUGUGUUUUAUCUUUUACCUUCACAUCUUCCACACGCGUGUAAAAUUCAUUGUGUAUUAGGACAGUAAGUAUAUGACUAUAUUACACUGGUGGAAGCCCGGCUGUGCAAACCUCUGUCCCAUCCGAAUUUCAGCGUCUGAGCGACUUCUCUUAAUGGUGUGAUAGUCUGAACUGAGAUAUCAAGUUUUCCAUUGAGCCUUUCCUUUGCUGUGUUUUUCAGCUUAAGUUUAUUCUGAAAAUGAAUAUUUCCUGUAAUCUUUCUUUUUUUUUGUUCUUUUCCGAAGGCUGUAAAGCCCUCAUGUAAAAAAAAAAAAUACAAAUAAACACAAAGAGAAAU